AUGCACCACGCUGGUUUCGUGGCACACAAGCCAGCUGCCGGCGCAAUCUCAUUGGUCAAUGCACCCAUUGUUGUUGACCAUGAAGACUUCGAGGGCAUCCGUAUCGCAGCCACAACGCUCGCUCAAGACAUUGCGAGAGUGACUGGUGGGGAAGCGCCUACAAUCACCUCAGAGCAGAGCCCAUCACCAUGUGUUAUCAUCGUUGGCAGCAUCCAGAGGUCUAAACACAUCCAGCGAUUAGCCUUGAAUGGGAGCAUCGACAUCACCAUUGUUAAAAGCAAAUGGGAGACUUGGUGUACAGCACUUGUACAUAAGCCAUGGGAUGGAUGUGCUAAUGCUCUCGUGAUCUGCGGAAGUGACAAGCGAGGCACAAUUUUCGGUAUCUAUACGUUGUCUGAGCAGAUUGGUGUUUCGCCUUGGUAUUGGUGGGCAGAUGCUCCAGUGAAGAAAAGCUCGUCUCUCUACGCACUAGACGUCAGAACUAUCCAAGGACCACCGUCGGUCAAGUACCGCGGUAUCUUCAUCAACGAUGAGGCGCCGGCACUAUCAGCAUGGGUACACGAGAAGUAUGGACCAAAGUACAAUUCUGAGUUCUACAAGCGCGUCUUUGAACUGCUGCUCCGGCUAAAAGCGAACUUCCUCUGGCCAGCAAUGUGGUUUGGUUACCCGCAUCCAGGGAACUCUUUCUUCAUGGACGAUCCCCUAAACCAGGAGCUUGCUGACAAAUACGGAAUCGUAGUGUCUACAUCGCAUCAUGAACCAAUGCAGCGUGCGAUGAAUGAGUGGUUUGAUGUGCCGUACAAUGAACCAGAGCAGAGCUGGAAUUGGAUAAGGAACAAAGACAAAAUCACCAAGUAUUUUGCUGAAGGGGCACAACGAGCAUCUAAUUUUGAGAGCGUGAUCACAAUCGGAAUGCGAGGUGAUGGUGAUCGAGAGAUGGGAGUUGAGAACCCACAAGAAGUAUUGAAAGAGGUUGUAUCGACGCAAAGAAACAUCAUCAACGAUGUAUACGGUAAAGAAGACGCAGUUCCUCAAGUGAUGGCACUGUAUAAGGAAGUGCAGGAGUAUUAUGAAAAUGGACUUGAAAUCCCGGAAGACCCGCGAAGUUACAAAUGGCUGAACAGCAAUUCUCUUGCCAAGGUUUGGCACCAACUCGACCAGGCACAUCGCCGUGGUGCAGACCAGAUUUGGAUCUUCAACGUUGGUGACAUAAAGCCCCUUGAAGUACCAUUGAGCUUUGUCAUGUCGUUGGGAUGGGAUACGCACGCUAUGACUUUGGGCGACCUCCCGGCCUUCCUCGAAUCGUUCACUUCCCGUACCUUUGGCAGCGAGAUAGCGUCGCCAGCUUCAAAACUUUUAAUCAAGUACGACAAGCUGAUUGCGCUACGGAAACACGAACAUAUUGAACCAGAGACAUUUUCGCUGAUCAACUAUUCCGAGGCGAACAGCAUCCUGUCCAGCUGGGAGGCGCUUGUCAAUGACGCCGAAGCCCUAUCUGCCCGAUUACGUACAGCUACUAGACCGUCCUUCUUCCAACUCAUUUUACACCCUAUCAAAGCAUCGUAUACCUAUGUGGCACUCCAAAUCUGUCGCGGAAAGAACGCACUCUACGCAAAACAACGUCGCAAUUCAGCUAACCAUUUCUUCAACCGAUCAAUUUCCCUCUUUAAAGACGACUUCCAGCUGUCUCAGGAGUAUCACACGAUGCUCAAUGGGAAGUGGAACCACAUCAUGCGACAGCCUCACCUCGGAUACCGUGAGACUUGGCAUGCGCCUUCACGGGACAUGAUAAGUGGGCUGUGUCUCGUACAAGCGAGCCAAGAAUCAAACCCCAUCGUCGGACACAUUGGUAUUGCUGUCGAGGGUACUGAGGGUGUAAGACCUGGGCUGUGCAAUGAGGAAAGCGACCGCACGCAUCCUUCGCGAAGAGACCUCGUAUCUGGUGUUACGUUACUGACAAUGGACCCAUAUGGCCCGCAGUCCAGGGCUUUCGAGUUGUACUUACGUGGUCCGAAGAGACUCACCUGGCAGGUUGAAAGUCCGGUAGAUUGGAUGCCAGUGCACGCUCGUGGGAUCCUGGACCCCACAUCCGAAGGACAAGAUCCGUUGAUCCAGGUGACGGUGAACUGGAAACUUGUACCUAAGGACUUCAACGAUGAGGUUUUAUUGGUUCUACGCAGUGAUCUUGGGGAUUACGAACACAUUCACGUUCCACUGAAGUACCGUAGCAUACCGCCUCAGUUCGUUGGACAUGUCGAGGCUGAUCAAGUCAUCUCCAUCCCAGCUACUCAUUUCGCAAACAAGAACGCAAUUGGUUGUUGGAAACACCCACACCUUGGCCGUGAAGAGAGCGGGGCGGUAAGCUUUCGCAUGCAACCUAAUUCGGGCUUGCAGAGCUGUGAGCUACUGUACCCUUUCUACACAUUCACGUCAACCACUAAGGCGUCCUUACACUUAUACUUUACGCUGACGCUUGAUGUAAACCCAACAUCACCAGCUUUGUACGGCAUCUCGCUUGAUGGUAAAGACAUUGAGAUGCACAAGCUGGUACAACAACCUCAGAAGGCGGGGGAGCUACCACCCGGAUGGUUGGAAUCAGUCAUGGAUUGUGUUUGGAUCAGAAAACAUCAAGUGGAUCUUGGCGAUGCUGGCAUGCACACCUUGAAGAUUCUACUUCAGGACGAGAACAUGGCACUGGAAAAAAUCGUUAUUGAUUUGGGAGGUGCUCGGGAAAGCUACUUGGGACCACCUGAAAGCUUCUAUGCGACAGUUUAA